AUGGCGAUAGUACCGCCAGCAGCGUCUGGGUUCCCGUGGAACUUGACAUUAAACUGGAACUACACAGGCAACUCUACAACACACAAUGUUACGGUGAAGGGUUUUCACGAUCCUCACGACCAUCUCGUUUAUGGCGGCCCACCUUACGUCAUUUUCUUUUUGUUUGCCUGCUGUGCGAUGGGUGCGCUCAUCCGUAGUAUCCUCAACAAGGUAUCAGUCAACAUCCCCUAUACGGUAGUAUUGUUAAUUGUCGGAGUGCUGAUCGGUCUUCUUUCGAGCAACGUUCACUAUGUUGCUAGGUAUACUACUAUGGUACAUAUGGAUCCUCAUCUUAUAUUGCACGUGUUUCUACCCGUACUUAUCUUUGAAUCAGCAUUCGCUAUGGAUGUGCAUACAUUUAUGAAAUCAAGCGUACAGAUCUGCAUUCUGGCUCUGUUCGGAUUGAUGGUGGCAUCGGUUCUGACCGCUGUUUUGGCUAUGUACGUCUUUUCGUAUGAAUGGGAAUUUUCCACUGCGAUGAUGUUCGGUUCUAUUAUGAGUGCGACUGACCCUGUAGCUGUGGUGGCGCUGUUGAAAGAUCUCGGUGCUUCAAAACAGUUAGGUACUCUGAUCGAGGGUGAAUCAUUGCUGAACGACGGGUGCUCAAUUGUUAUCUUCGAAGUAUUUAAGCGAAUGAGCAUCCCCGGACAAGAAAUGGACGGACUGGAAAUUUUCCUUUACUUUCUUCGUGUUACAUUUUGUGGUCCACUGUUUGGAUAUUUUAUGGCACGCCUGACAACUCUGUGGUUAUCGCACAUUUUUAACGAUGCUCUGACCGAGAUCACCAUCACACUGGCUUCGACGUAUUUGACAUUUUACAUUGGCGAGGGAAUCUUGCAUGUAUCUGGAGUAUUGGCGGUCGUUGUGCUAGGACUUGUAAUCAGUAUCGAAAAAACGAGCAUUAGCCCUGAGGUUGAAGUGUUUUUACACAGAUUCUGGGAAAUGCUUGCCUACCUAGCCAAUACGCUCAUCUUUGUACUGGUCGGUGUCGUCAUAGUUGAACGUGCAUGGCACGACGUUGAUCCAAUCGACUGUUUCUAUAUAAUUACGCUUUAUAUUGGAGUUAACAUCAUAAGGGCCAUUGCUAUCGCUCUGUUCAGUCCGAUUUUGACACGCGUUGGUUACGGUUUAUCCUGGCGUAACGCUUCCAUCAUGACAUGGGGAGGACUCCGUGGCGCAGUAGGCUUGACUCUCGCUCUCAUGGUUGUCUCUACCGAAGGUAUUGACCAGGAGCGUGUCGGUAGCAAGGUACUGUUGCAUACAUCUGGUAUCGUGGUUCUGACUUUAGUGAUUAACUCAACAACCAUUGGGUCACUCUUGAAGAUUUUAGGGAUGAGUAACAUAUCUGUCCCUAAAAGACAGGCCAUGGCGAACGCUGUGCGUAAGGUUCAAGACACUCAAGAGUUAAGCAUUGGUAUGUUGAAAGCUGACAGAUUCUUGGCGGAUGCUGACUGGGAUAUGGCGGUACGAGCUUGUGCGAUUGAAGACCCAUACCACAGCGAAGACAUGGAUGUAAGUGUGGACGAAGUUCAGAUUGACACAACUCGCGCGACCAGUACAUGCCCUGAAUGCAAGACCGAGGUCCAAAAUGAACCAACGGCUAAGGAGUUUGCCGACAUGGCAGAAGAAGCUCGACAAAGAAUGAUGAAAGCUCAAAUGAUAAGUUACUGGAAACAAUUUGAACAUGGUACGCUGUCACGUGAGGCAGUACGCGUCUUAAUUGGUGUCACGGAAACGAUUGCUGACAACGAUGGUGAGUUUGUUGAUGUACAACAUAUCCAGAAGAACUGGGAAGUAAGAGGAUUCUGGCCAUUUAUGAAAAGAAAACUUGAAGACUGGGCACAAAACAAGAAAGAUAAAAUCCCAGAACCCAAUAACAGAGUGCAAAAAGCAAUUUAUACGAUGGUCUGUAAUCCCAUAUUUGAUUACAUGAUAUAUUCCAUCAUUGGUCUUAACCUAAUUCCCAUCGGACUAGAAUUGGGUAUCGACGAAUCACAUAGCUUAUACCCUGAAUCAGAGAUGCCAUUGAAGUAUAUUAAUUACGUUCUGUUCGGGAUCUACAUCAUGGAAGCCAUACUUAAGAUGAUUGGUCUCAGAAAGUACUACUUCUAUAGUUACUGGAAUAUAUUUGAUUUUAUUAUUAUUCUUUUAUCCAUUGCGGAUACUGUAUUGGAUGUGACUUAUAAUGAUUCGACAGAGAGUUUCAACCCAAACAUCUUUAAGGUCAUAAAGGUAUUCAAGAUUCUCCGUGCAUUCAGAGGUCUUCGACUCGUUAAGAUCAUGAUUCCAAGGUUGAUCAACUGGUUGAACUCUAGAAUCAACAAGAAGCUCAGUCUAGGAUACGAUGUAGGCAAAGGAUUUGUGGUUGGCGAAGAAGAAGUUAGCAAACUUAUUGAACACAUGGUUGACAAUCCCAAAAUUUUGAAAACACUGAAGAAACAAUCAGAAUCUUCUAGAUUGGCAGUCAUUAAGGAACUUGGUCUGCUACAGCGAGUCCAUCCUGGCAUUGCGAUAUCUGUCAAGACACGACAAGCUAUCCGAACUGUUUUGAAUCACUCUCGAGAUACCAUCUAUGAAUUACAAGGGGCUGGAGUACUGGAUGAAACAGAGGCUCACAAACUAGAAAAGAUGGUAGAAGUAAAGAUGAAACAGCUCAUGAAUGCACCUGCUAGCAUCCCACCGCCAGUACCCGAAUUGCUACUCAGUAAUGUUGCAUGGUUACAAGGAGAACCCGUUAUGCUGGAUCACAUCAUGUCAAAGGCCGAACUGAUACAUUACGACUUCAAUGAAGUCAUCGUUCAACAAGGUGAAAUGCCUAAUGGUGUCUAUCUGAUAGUAUCUGGUAUGGUAAAGCUGCGAGGUUUGGGUAAUUAUUUAGCUGCGAUAACUUCUGGUUGUGCUUCAACCGGCAGUAGCAAUACCAUAUUUGAAGAUUAUCUGGGAGCCGGUAACGUGAUUGGAGAAAUGGGAAUACUAACACACAAACCAAGAAAUGUUACAGUAUCAUGUGAAACUUCUGUACAGGCUUUCUUCAUUAGUGCCGAGGACAUCUAUGCUGCUAUGGCUAUCUUCAAGACCGAACCAUCUCUGGAAAAUCGGUUAUGGCGGGUCUGUGCUAUACGUGUGGCAACGCCUCUGCUAAUGGAACAGUCAUAUCAAAACUGGACUCAAGAAAAAGUGAAAAUGCAUUUAGAGAAAUCUCACCUACCACUUUUACAUGAAAUGAACUAUGUUUUUGAACUUGACGAUACAAUGGAUGAUGUGUUACUGAUCUACGGCACGGCGUACAAUGCUCACACCCGGGAAGAAUUUCGUGGACCGUGCAUAAUAAUGCGAACUGUCCGCAAGUUGAUCUUUCCAAGGAACCAGGAACAAGAGCCACGUCUCCUCGUCGUUUAUAAUUCAGAACACGUGCAACCGCAGCUCGAUGCCAAAGUGUCACUCCUAAACAUGGACGCCUCAAGGAUGAGCAUCCACAACAGCAGCAAUCACUCGCACCAUGUAAUACACAAGCAUAAUCGGGCAGUGGUGAAAAGCGAACAGAGGCCAGCACAAGCUCAUAGCGAAAUCAUUGAUAUAACGAAGCAUAUACCACCGCCGCCUGGUCAACUGUCGCCAUUGAGUCGACCUUACAAUCCAGACGAUGAAAAACAUGUUGUAGAUCCACAUGUACCAACAGGUGCUGAGGCAGUUUGA